UGGAGUUUGGGAGUCGUACAGAGGAAGACAAUAAAAAAUUGUUUGUAUUGCCAUCGCGUGCAAUUCACUUUUUUAGACAUUUUUAAGAGAGUUAAGCAGAGUUCGACUUUAAAAUAUGGAGGAUAGCGGCAUCGACAGCGAGGACAGGCAAUCCAACAUAUACGAGGAUGGGGCAGCGGGACUGCUGAAAACGGCCAGCGGAGCCCCCAAACAUAUGUCGGAUCUGGAGUUUGAGGUGGCUUUCAGGGGUGCCGGCAAGGUCUAUGCCCCCACGACCAUAGAAAUCGAUGAGGAGGAGCAGGCGACCGCCUCCGGUCGAGGCCACGAGCCACCCAACACCUGCCGCAUACUGCAGCGAAAACUGGAGCUGAAGGUCGAGCGAGCCCGGCGCAAUUACACUCAGUUUCAGGAGGAGCAGGCCACCAAGACGCAGUCGUCCACUCUGAUACCCAUCAAUCGACUUCCCAUUCCGGGCGAACCCGAACACAAGCCGCUGGUGGACUACAAGUCGGAGAGCAGCGAUGAGGCCGAGGAGAUCUCCUUCUUUCCGGCACAAUUGAAGCGGUCCAAGCGCCGCCAGCAAAACCACGAACUGACUGACACCUUCAGCAUACAGGAAAUGACCAUCGACUCGGAUCUGGAGUCGGACGACAGUGCUGGCACCCAGAAUCUCGAGCUACUGCUGCCCUCCAUGAAGACGACUAUUUUGGAUAAGUUCAAGGGAUGCUUCGGCUGCUGGCGGCGCAGGUAAUGCCAGGCGGAGGAGCGGAGGCAUAUCAGACGACGUUUCAGGCACAAAUCACGUUAUUGACAGGCACUAGCAACCUACGUACUUAAUAAUAAACUCCAUUGCCACUACAGAGCUGUAAACAUAGAUUUAUUUGGCUUAGUAAAAUCCAUUCGAUAAAUAUUAAUCAAUACUAAA